GAGAAAGAAGGAUGGAAAAAACAGUCGGACAUCUGGAAAAGGUUGAACCGAGAAGCGGAUAAGUCUUCCCAGAUGGAAAAAUACAUGAAGUCAAAAGGCUCCAAAUCAGGAAAGUAGACAAACUAAUUGGGCAAAAAAGGAGGCAAACAGACAAAAGAGGAUCUGGAGAGGAGAAAGACAAAGCAGGGGAUAAACAAGUCUGGCAAGUCAAAGUGGAGCGGAACAACAGAACUACUGGACGGAACUGAAACCUUGCUUCAGGAUGUCGGUAUCGUGCAGAUGUUUGUGCUGCGUCAAAUACGUGAUGUUUGUGUUUAACCUCAUCUUCUGGUUAGGAGGAUGCGGGUUGUUUGGCGUUGGAGUUUGGCUGUCCUUCACACAGGCGGAGUUUUCCUCUCUUCCGCUCUCCUUCCCAUCCCUCUCGGCAGCCAAUCUGCUGCUGGUCGCCGGCGGGAUCACCAUGGUAACGGGCUUCCUGGGCUGUCUGGGAGCCCUGAAGGAGCAGCGCUGCCUGUUGUUUAUGUUCUUUGUGAUCCUGUUGCUCCUCGUCUUGACAGAAGUUGCUCUCGUUCUGGUCAUACACAUCUUUCGUGAUCAGCUGGAUUCCAAAGCACAAGGUGACUUAAAGGAGGGGAUGAAGAGUUAUGAAUCAGACCCUGGGUUGAAAAAAUCCUGGGAUAAUGUCCAAAAAAUGUUCAAAUGUUGCGGCGUUACCAACAAAACCGACUGGUAUGAAGUGCUCAAUGGAACGCUGCCAUCCUCCUGCUGCUCUGUUGGGAUCGACCAAUGCACUGAUGGAUGGAGUGAGCCAUGUUACCAGAAAGCGCGGCAGUGGCUGCUGGACAACAUUCCAUCAGUGUUGGUGUUUGGCCUGUGCAUUGGCGUUGUGCAGAUCUUGGCCCUGGUAUUCUCCAUGCUGAUGUACUGCCAAAUCACGUGUGCUGAGAAGUACUUGGAUUGACUGCAGGCCGAUGAGGAGAAGGCGCAGCUCUAGGAAUUCAACAUAAAAGGACCGAUUCAAACCUUUGGGCCUAUUUCCACCAAAACCUCCUGGAACCUUUAGUUCCUGGAAGUGUGUGGUUUGUGUUUCCAGCACAUUUCACAGUUCAGGGUAGUUUAGAAGGCUGGUGACGUAUGGAUGAGUGGUACAGUUUUUUUUCUACACUGAUACCAUGUAAAUAGUCAGAAAAUAUUAGCAAUUUUGUUGUGAAAUACAAAGCAAUAAUAUACAAAACAAUAUGAUUUCAAAACAAAGCGUACCGACAAAUAACUACACAAAUGGCGUGUCAUUGACUACUUUUGCAGCAUGUAACAUAUUAAAUAGUGAUUAUUUUGA